GAAAGCGAUUCAAAUAAAUCACUGGUGUGGUGUUUGUGUCUAAAAAAAAUCAACUAAAUCAAAAUUUUCGCAAUCAAAGUUUCAACAUAACCUCAAAAAUUUUAAGAAUGAAUAGGAUAACAAAAAACUUACACAAUCGUUUCAAACUGGUAACAUUCGAUGUAACGGAUACUUUACUAGAAUAUAGGAUGGAUCCUGGUAGCCAGUAUGCAGAAGCUGGUUCCAUGUUCGGUGUCCACUGUGAACCCGCACAACUUUCUGCAAAUGUUAAAAAGCAAAUGAAAACCAUGUCCAAGUUGUACCCGAAUUUCGGCAGAACCCACAACAUGCCUUGGCAAAACUGGUGGCGCACAGUAGUCUUCAAUAGUUUCAAAGACUGCUCCAACGGUUCCCAGAUCGAUGAGCAAUCCCUGCACAACAUCGCAGACCAACUCAUAACCAAGUACGAAGAUGCAUCCGUGUGGAAAGUGGCUGAUGGUAGUAGGAAUUUAUUAAAUUGCUUACAACAAAAUAAUAUAUGUCUUGGUAUAAUCUCUAACUUUGAUACCAGGUUGCUGAAUAUAUUAAAAAACAUGCACCUGCAUCACGAGUUUCAAUUCAUCAUCACUUCGUACAGAGUGAAUUGUGAGAAACCGGACGAGAAGAUAUUUGCAAAGGCUCUGGAGGAAAGUCGAGUGCCUUUGAUCAAACCCCAGGAUGCCCUGCACAUCGGUAACACUCCUUUAAAAGAUUACGUGGGUGCUAGAAAUGCCGGUUGGAAAGCCAUCCUGAUGACGACCGAGAGGAAACUAAACGCUGUACUAAAUACACCAAAUGUUAAUAAAAAUCAUGUAUAUACUAAUUUCAAAAAGUUACAAGAGGAUCUUGUGCAGGAUAAAAUUAAAUGGUAGUAGUGUAAAUAUAGAAAAAAGAGUCAGUUCGAUAUAUUUUUUUAGUCAAAUGUUUUG